AUGACCUCUAUUUCAUUGGCACAGGUCGAGGCUUGCUUCGAUAUCAGCUCGGGCUCCAUCUCCAUCUAUCUCUACGUGAAGAUCCCGUUCUUCCCCAAACAAAAACUUGGGUGUGCCACUGGGAGUAUUACCGAAGGCGUCUCUAUCGGUUUCGAUUGGAAGAUUGUCUCUGGAAAGUUCACGUUCACGAUCAAGGAUAAAUGGUUGUGGUUGCACUAUGAAGUCAAAGUGCUCGGGAAAACUUGGAGUGGUGAUCUCAAAUUGAUCCCCCUUCCUUUCAUCUAGUUCAAAAGUGAUGGGAGCAUGCUCGACUGAAUUGGUGGCCCGAGCUCUAGACGUUUGAAAAAAACCAAAGAAACAGAAAGAACAGGAUUUCCGUAAAUGCCAAAAACCCA